AGCCCUCUGAGCACACAGCGCCAGGAGUGCCCGGAGCGUCCGCGGUGCGCAGGUCCCGGAGCCGCCGAGGGCCCGAGCAGCGGCCACGAUGUGCGGAAUCUUCGCCUACAUGAACUACAGAGUCCCGAGGACGAGGAAGGAGAUCUUUGAGACCCUCAUCAAGGGUCUGCAGCGGCUGGAGUACAGAGGCUACGAUUCUGCAGGUGUGGCAAUUGAUGGAAAUAAUCACGAAGCCAAAGAAAGACAAAUCCAGCUUGUCAAGAAAAGUGGAAAAGUCAAGGCUCUGGAUGAAGAACUUUACAAACAAAACAGCAUGGACUUAAAGGUGGAGUUUGAAACGCACUUUGGCAUCGCCCACACUCGCUGGGCCACCCAUGGGAUCCCCAAUGCUGUCAACAGCCACCCUCAGCGCUCAGACAAAGGCAAUGAAUUUGUUGUCAUCCAUAAUGGGAUCAUCACAAAUUACAAAGAUCUGAGGAAGUUCCUGGAAAGCAAAGGCUAUGAAUUUGAGUCAGAAACAGAUACAGAGACCAUCGCGAAGCUGAUUAAAUACGUGUUUGACAACAGAGAAACUGAAGACAUUACAUUUUCAACCCUGGUCGAGAGAGUCAUUCAACAGUUGGAAGGUGCGUUCGCGUUGGUUUUCAAGAGCAUCCACUACCCAGGAGAAGCCGUUGCCACAAGGAGAGGCAGCCCCCUGCUCAUCGGCGUGCGGAGCAAAUACAAGCUCUCCACGGAGCAGAUCCCCGUCUUAUACAGGACGUGCACUAUUGAGAAUGUCAAGAACAUCUGUAAUAAGACGAGGAUGAAGAGGCUGGACAGCUCUACCUGCCUGCACGCAGUGGGUGACAAGGCAGUGGAAUUCUUCUUUGCUUCUGACGCAAGCGCCAUCAUAGAGCACACCAACAGGGUCAUUUUCCUGGAGGACGACGACAUUGCCGCCGUGGCUGAUGGGAAACUUUCCAUUCACCGGAUCAAGCGCUCGGCUAGUGAUGACCCAUCGCGAGCCAUCCAGACCUUGCAGAUGGAACUGCAGCAGAUCAUGAAAGGUAACUUCAGUGCCUUUAUGCAGAAGGAGAUCUUUGAACAGCCAGAAUCGGUUUUCAAUACCAUGAGAGGUCGGGUGAAUUUUGAGAGCAACACAGUGCUCCUGGGCGGCUUGAAGGACCACUUGAAGGAGAUUCGAAGAUGCCGGCGGCUCAUCGUGAUUGGCUGUGGGACCAGCUACCACGCUGCCGUGGCUACUCGGCAAGUGUUGGAGGAACUGACUGAGCUCCCUGUGAUGGUUGAACUUGCUAGUGAUUUUCUGGACAGGAACACACCUGUGUUCAGGGAUGACGUUUGCUUUUUCAUAAGUCAAUCAGGUGAGACUGCAGACACGCUCCUGGCUCUGCGAUACUGCAAGGACCGCCGCGCCCUGACUGUGGGCGUCACUAACACCGUGGGCAGCUCCAUCUCCCGGGAGACCGACUGUGGUGUCCAUAUCAACGCGGGGCCGGAGAUCGGCGUGGCCAGCACCAAGGCUUACACCAGUCAGUUCAUCUCUCUGGUGAUGUUUGGUUUGAUGAUGUCCGAAGACAGAAUUUCUCUACAAAACCGGAGGCAAGAGAUCAUCCGUGGCCUGAGAUCUUUACCUGAGCUGAUCAAGGAGGUGUUGUUACUGGACGAGCAGAUCCACGACCUGGCCCUGGAGCUCUACACACAGAGGUCGCUUCUGGUGAUGGGGCGGGGCUACAACUACGCCACGUGCCUGGAAGGAGCCCUGAAAAUUAAAGAGAUCACCUACAUGCACUCAGAAGGCAUCCUGGCUGGGGAGCUGAAGCACGGGCCUCUGGCGCUGGUCGACAAGCAGAUGCCCGUCAUCAUGGUCAUCAUGAAGGACCCUUGCUUUGCCAAGUGCCAGAACGCCUUGCAGCAGGUCACGGCCCGCCAGGGUCGCCCGAUCAUACUGUGCUCCCAGGAUGACACGGAGAGUUCCAGGUUUGCAUACAGAGCGAUCUCGCUGCCCCGCACCGUGGACUGCCUCCAGGGUGUCCUGAGCGUGAUCCCGCUGCAGCUCCUCUCCUUCCACCUGGCCGUUCUCCGAGGAUACGAUGUUGACUUCCCCAGAAAUCUAGCCAAGUCUGUAACCGUGGAAUGAGAAGGAGAUCAUGAUGAGACCGUCACCGCCUUCAGCCUGACUGCAGACCUGUCCCGACAGCAGGGAUACCACGUGGGAAGAGAAAGUGGGCAUCCCACGUGUUCUGCGUGCUCCCAGUAGAGCUUGACAGCUUCGACGUGCCUUGUACCCAAGUGCUUUUGCUUACAGCAAAUACUGUUUCUCUGUGUCCUGGAGUCGCCAGAGGAGAAGGGAAUCAUUGUUUACACAUGGGGAUCAGAGCGAACUUUUCCACUACUGUGCAAUAGAGAUGCAGCUCUCUGCAGAGUAACUGUGAACCUUUUUAAACCAACACUAGUUAGUUUUAAAAGACAAAGUAUUUAUAAUGAUGAUUGUAUAGCGUUUAAGUUAUUUUUCUAUGUGGCUUUCCGUAGCCGUGGUAACGCCCAGACUAUGCAUCCUAGCUACCCGGUGCGCUAUCUCCAGGCUCGUUCCUGGCGGGUGGCAUUCAUCUCAGAUUUGAGCACAGGGCACUGACCCUCUGGACUCCUUCUCCUUUCCUCCCCUUAGGCUGCUCCUGAAUCCCAUCCCCUGACAUCAGGAAGUCCCUCCAGCCAUCUGCCCAUGCCGCCUGUAAGUCCAGUUGAAAUCUCAACUUCCUUCAACAUUUUCUCCUCAUCUAUAGCCCAGAUCCCUCCAACUCUCCAACUUCUGUUUAAUCUGAUCAAGGUUCUUGCUAAGCCCAGGCAGCAUUUUGAUUCCUGCUCCCUGUCCGUAGUAAAACAGCUGGAAAUGUCCCAUGCAAGAGAGUAGUGUCAGAUGGGCUACCUUGCUCUCUAUUUAAAAGCAUGCACAAUCAAAUUACUAUGCAAUUUUAAGACAAUAAAGAACAUACGAUUUUUUUCUCA